UCUCUCUUACUCGCUUGCCGCUCGCUCUCUCUCACUCACUCACGCAGUAUCGCUUCAUCUCUCUAGCUCUCUCCCUCUCUCUCUCUUUCUCACACUCUAUCGCUGAGCUCUAACCGGUUGGAUACAGUGCAGAGGACUUGAGGAGAGUGCUCUUUUCUUCUUCUUUGGCAUUUCCUUCCUGCCUCUCUCCCUCACGCGCUGUUGAUUUAGAUCAGGUCCUUAGGGUGAGGAUGUAUUUGUGUCAAGCUGCUACAAAGGAAGAGUAAACAAAGAGUAAACAUUGACUGAACGGAGGAACAGGAAAGACCCUCCUUUAUAGGCUCAACAAAGGUUGCUCACCGGACAGCAGCAGCAAUGUGAUUGUUUAGGUCAGAGAGCAGAUGAUGUCCUGGUACAGCUAAAGCAGAGAAUCUCCCCUCCUGUCCUCUGUCCUAUAUGAGGACCCGAAGAUGACUGUCACCAGCCGGCAGUCCUUCAAUGUCCUGACGGUCAUCUUCCUCCUGCUGUCCACCGCAGUACCACUUUGGUUUCCACUGCCCUCGUCUCUCUGACAACAAGACCUACAUGUUCUGCUGUCACCACAACAACACAGCCUUCAAGUACUGCUGUAAGGAGACUGAGUUCCAGACGGUCAUGCAGGUCAACCUCACCACCACCACAGACGGCUUCAAACACAAUAACUACACAGCCCUGGUAGGAGUGUGGAUCUAUGGCUUCUUCGUCAUGGUGCUGCUAGCCCUGGACUUCCUCUACUACUCGGCCAUGAACUAUGAGCUGUGUCGGGUUUACCUGGAGAAGUGGGGUCUGGGAGGGCGCUGGCUGAAGAAGGCUAGGAGCCAGUGGCACCGGCCGGUCCCAGGAGAGGAGAGUGAGAUCCAGAACCAGGCCCAGGGUCACCCCAUGGCCCUCAGCCACCACCACCCCAGACACAGCCUCCGAGGCGAGGGCCAGAGCCCCACGCUCCUCCCCUACCACACACCGACCGUCUGAGUGAAGCUGCAAGAGGAUGAAUGAGUAGAAGAGUAGAGAGCAGCGACGCCGGGCAGAGGAUAGCACGGCUCAGACACCUGUCUCUGUCUGGCUGGAAUAUUGACACAGUAACGUACCACAGGGUGGCUGGCCCUACGGAAGCUAGUGGCUAGCUAGCAGUUCCUGCUCACCUCCAUUCCUCUGAGCUCCUACACACAGGGCUAUGGAGGAUAGAGUAUGACGAAACGUCUAGACUACGACAGAAGGUCCAGGUGGAUGGAGCUGCUGCUACCCAAACACUGCUAAGGAACAGGCCACAGGCACUGAAACUGACCAUGUAUACCCCUGCAUGGGCGGGGACUGUUCUAAUAAGAAACCAAUGGAGACUUGAAAUGAACUGGAUAAAAUGAUGUUACAGAAGAGGGGGCUUUGUUUGAUUUGUGUGUUUGAGUGUUGAUUGCACUUGGUUGCUGUGUGGGGUUAAGUUCAGUAGUAGUCAGAAGAAGUUGUGGGAGUACUGUAUCUAUUGGGGAUUCGUUUAAAGUAAACUAGUCAGGGACUUUCUAUGAGUGGUAAACAUCCUAGACGAUUCACCAUGGAGGUUGACGCUGAGCAUCUUGAAGACAACACUAUUUUGCUUCAGCGACAAGUGACUCACCUGACUCGAGAGAUAUCUCUAUUCUACAGUGUCAGCCUGUCUUCAGAAAAGGCCUUUGUGUGUAUUUUGUGAUCUUAUUAUUUUUUAAAUUAAACAUAAGUUGGUGAAGUUUCCUCUACUACAACCUUCACAAACUGAUGUCCAGUCCUUUUUCUGUCCAGGCUUUAGUUAAAGAGACCCAUUAGGAAUAAUGAUAAAAAUGUAUAUUAAUUUGGUUCAUUUAAAUUAUAAGCACCAAUGUACCAUACCGGUAAUAGCCAAUCUUAUCAGCAAUAAUGUACAGCAUUGAGAGCCCUGACCUAAAUGAGAACAUAGACCAUCUCACACACAGAGCAAUCACUGAAUCGAAUCUGAGGGUUGCAUCCCAAAUGGCAUCCUAUUCCCUAUAUAGUGCACUACAUUUGGUAGGGCUCAGGUCAAAAGUAAUGCACUAUAUGGGGAAUAGGGUGCCGUUUGGGAUGCAGUCCCAGGCUCUCUCUGCAGGAUAGAUUUAAUCACAAGGUGAAGUCUAUGGAAAAGACAUAUGUCAACAUAAUAAAACCUUACUGAACACAGUGGUCUUCCCCUUCAAGCCACCUUGUCAGCUUAGCAAUGAGCAAGAGUGGAGUGCAGACAAAAUAAUCACUUGAGUGAAAAAGAAAGGUGUUAGCAACCGCACAGGGAUGCAAUAAAGCUGUGCUCAGCGCUUAACUAAUUGCUGACAUAUACUGUACUUUCUGAUUGAUAAAUAAAGUACAGCCUUGUUGUGUUGGGAGGGGGGAGAGAGAAUAAAGCAUAUGUUUGUGUCAGCAGGCUGGGAGGGGGAAGGAUUGUGAUGGAGGAAGACAGGAGGUCCGCUCGUAGAGAAAAGGGUUCCAAAAGGGUUCUGCGGCUGUCCCCAUAGGAGAACCCUUUUUGGUUCCAGGUAGAACUCUUUUGGGUUCCAUGUAGAACCCUCUGUGGAACGGGUUCUACAUCGAACCAAAAAGGUUUGUACCUGGAAUAGAAAGGAUUCUACCUGGAACCAAAAGGGGUUCUUCAAAGGGUUCUCCGAUGGGGACAGCCGAAGAACCCUUUUUGCUUCUAGAUAUCACUUUUUUCUAAGAGCGUGUACAGUGCAGUACAGGGGUGUGUCUCUCUUCACUCUACCCCGAUUCUGCAGCUGUAACCUGGAUAUCUGGCAGCUGCACAGCCAGUACAUUACGUGCAGAGAAUACCUGGACCGUACCAACCAUGCAGCAGGCAGUACACUGCAGUGUCCUUGGUAGGGGCCAAUAAAAAUGGCAGAACUACACACACUUCUGUUUGGAAGAGACUGGAAUUACCACCAACACUCCUGGCCAGCCACUAGGCAGGAGGAGCAGCACAGCUAUCCCCCAAAUUCUAACAGAGCAAUACUGAAAAAAUUGUUUUGUCAUUAUCUGGAUUCAUACGUUCACUGAAGUCUGCAGGCCCCUAAAAAUACACUGGAUUUGUACAACCAUUUUACACAUUUCUGUUAUAAGAAUGACCCUUGCUGACAUUAUAAUCUGUUGUAAUCAGCAAUAAAGUUCAGAUUUGGUCAGUUUAAGUUAACUUCCGUACACUAAAAGGCUACAGUGUAACUGCGUGGUUGCUCCAGCGGACUUGUAUCCUGUGCUGACAUGUUUCCAGUUUCAACGUUUAUUCUCCACGUGCACAGGAUACCACAAUACAGAGACAUUCUUACUUAAGAGCUCUUUCCCAACAGUGCAGUACUCAUAAUAUGGUUAAUCAUAGAAAUAUAUCAUUUUUAAAACACAAGAAGUGCGAUAUAAGUUGACUUGUACCUAGUGCUGAGAUAAGAUGUGACCAACUGAAAUAAUUGGGUUGGACUGGACUGGCAAGCUAUUUCUUUGUAUCUUCCUCUCUUUCCUUCCUUCAUUUCUUCCCUCUCUCUCUACCUCUCUCUCUCUGUCACUACCUCUCUCUUUCUGUCACUCCCUCUCCUAUCUCUCUCUCCCUCCCCCUUUCCCUCUCUCCCCCUCUCUCUUCUCUCUCCGCCGCUCCCUUCUUCCGUCCGCCGCCUCCUUCCCUACCUCCCUCCCUCCUGCAGAAAGUGAGAGAGAGAGCAGUGGCAGCAGCUAGGAAACUGGGAGGAGCAGGACUUUUAAACAGCUGCUGCAAUACAAAGGGGAUUUAAUUGGGCUCAAAGCAGGGGAAAUGGCAGAGAUCAGAUAUGCUAGGAACACACGUCUCCUCUGGAGCCACAGUGCUGUGCUGCUGUAACAAAGCAAAGCUACUGUGAGCAGGGAGUUCCUUUUCCAUCGACAAUAUGUAGUCGUGAUAAAUAGGGAAAUGCCCCUUCCCUAGCAACCCACUGGGCACAGACUUCAGUUAAACGUCUAGUAAACAACAGCUGUGGACUAACAGUGAAAUACUUAUGGUCCUUUCCCAACAGUGCAGAGAGAAAGAAAAUAGAGAAAUAAUACAAAAGUAAAACACGUAAUAUUAAAAGUAAUAAUAGAUACAUAAUGAGUAAGAAUAACUUGUCUAUAUACAAGGAGGACCAGUACUGAGUCACUGUGCAGGGGUACGAGGUAAUUGAGGUAGAUAUGUACAUAUAACUAGGAAUAAAGUGACAUAGUGAACAGUAGCAGCAACGUAUGUAAUGAGUCAAAAAAGUGAGUGCAAAUGGAUCAAUGCAGAUAGUUAAGUAAUUAACCAAAUAGCUACCAGGACUAACUGUUUAGCAGUCUUAUGGCUUGGGGAUAGAAGCUGUUCAUCAGUCUGAUGGUUUGGGGGUAGAAGCUGUUUAGCAGUCUUAUGGCUUGGGGAUAGAAGCUGUUCAUCAGUCUGAUGGUUUGGGGGUAGAAGCUGUUUAGCAGUCUUAUGGCUUGGGGAUAGAAGCUGUUCAUCAGUCUGAUGGUUUGGGGGUAGAAGCUGUUUAGCAGUCUUAUGGCUUGGGGAUAGAAGCUGUUCAUCAGUCUGAUGGUUUGGGGGUAGAAGCUGUUUAGCAGUCUUAUGGCUUGGGGAUAGAAGCUGUUCAUCAGUCUGAUGGUUUGGGGGUAGAAGCUGUUUAGCAGUCUUAUGGCUUGGGGAUAGAAGCUGUUCAUCAGUCUGAUGGUUUGGGGGUAGAAGCUGUUUAGCAGUCUUAUGGCUUGGGGAUAGAAGCUGUUCAUCAGUCUGAUGGUUUGGGGGUAGAAGCUGUUUAGCAGUCUUAUGGCUUGGGGAUAGAAGCUGUUCAUCAGUCUGAUGGUUUGGGGGUAGAAGCUGUUUAGCAGUCUUAUGGCUUGGGGAUAGAAGCUGUUCAUCAGUCUGAUGGUUUGGGGGUAGAAGCUGUUUAGCAGUCUUAUGGCUUGGGGAUAGAAGCUGUUCAUCAGUCUGAUGGUUUGGGGGUAGAAGCUGUUUAGCAGUCUUAUGGCUUGGGGAUAGAAGCUGUUCAUCAGUCUGAUGGUUUGGGGGUAGAAGCUGUUUAGCAGUCUUAUGGCUUGGGGAUAGAAGCUGUUCAUCAGUCUGAUGGUUUGGGGGUAGAAGCUGUUUAGCAGUCUUAUGGCUUGGGGAUAGAAGCUGUUCAUCAGUCUGAUGGUUUGGGGGUAGAAGCUGUUUAGCAGUCUUAUGGCUUGGGGAUAGAAGCUGUUCAUCAGUCUGAUGGUUUGGGGGUAGAAGCUGUUUAGCAGUCUUAUGGCUUGGGGAUAGAAGCUGUUCAUCAGUCUGAUGGUUUGGGGGUAGAAGCUGUUUAGCAGUCUUAUGGCUUGGGGAUAGAAGCUGUUCAUCAGUCUGAUGGUUUGGGGGUAGAAGCUGUUUAGCAGUCUUAUGGCUUGGGGAUAGAAGCUGUUCAUCAGUCUGAUGGUUUGGGGGUAGAAGCUGUUUAGCAGUCUUAUGGCUUGGGGAUAGAAGCUGUUCAUCAGUCUGAUGGUUUGGGGGUAGAAGCUGUUUAGCAGUCUUAUGGCUUGGGGAUAGAAGCUGUUCAUCAGUCUGAUGGUUUGGGGGUAGAAGCUGUUUAGCAGUCUUAUGGCUUGGGGAUAGAAGCUGUUCAUCAGUCUGAUGGUUUGGGGGUAGAAGCUGUUUAGCAGUCUUAUGGCUUGGGGAUAGAAGCUGUUCAUCAGUCUGAUGGUUUGGGGGUAGAAGCUGUUUAGCAGUCUUAUGGCUUGGGGAUAGAAGCUGUUCAUCAGUCUGAUGGUUUGGGGGUAGAAGCUGUUUAGCAGUCUUAUGGCUUGGGGAUAGAAGCUGUUCAUCAGUCUGAUGGUUUGGGGGUAGAAGCUGUUUAGCAGUCUUAUGGCUUGGGGAUAGAAGCUGUUCAUCAGUCUGAUGGUUUGGGGGUAGAAGCUGUUUAGCAGUCUUAUGGCUUGGGGAUAGAAGCUGUUCAUCAGUCUGAUGGUUUGGGGGUAGAAGCUGUUUAGCAGUCUUAUGGCUUGGGGAUAGAAGCUGUUCAUCAGUCUGAUGGUUUGGGGGUAGAAGCUGUUUAGCAGUCUUAUGGCUUGGGGAUAGAAGCUGUUCAGGGUGCUGUUGGUUCCAGACUUGGUGUAUCGGUACCGCUUGCUUGAGGUUGCCGUAGAGUAAAUCUCCACCUGUACAAAGAAGCUUUGUAGUGAUUUGUCGGUACCUCACUGUGGGUGUGGUGGUGGUGAUGAUGAUAACGUGCACCACGUUCUGUCCUUGUAAUCCACUACAAUGUAGAGUUAUGAGUUGAAUUGUUUCUGCACUUGUUAACUUUGUAUUGUUCCACCAGGGAGAAAUAAAGUUGUAUCUUUUCCAGUGUGUUUAAACA